AAAAAUCUCGUUUUUCUUUUUUUGGUACAGACUAUUCUCAUAUUAUCCAACUGCAUCAAACUGUACGUCCUUUCUCACUUGGGAACAAUGAAUAUCUCGCUGCCAGCUUCAAAAUCUAUUCCUUACAUAAGAUGCAGCAAUUCAACUAGUGAUCCUGUUCCAUCUCCCUCUGGUUUCAAAUCCCUGAAAAUUCCCCGUUUCUGGCCAUGGCAAAAGGUAAAGAUGGGACCUUUGAGGGUAUCUCCAAUGGGGUUUGGUACUUGGGCAUGGGGCAAUCAACUUCUAUGGGGUUAUCAAGAUUCAAUGGACUCUGAACUUCAGCGCACUUUCAAUCUUGCAGUGGAGAAUGGUAUCAACUUGUUUGAUACGGCUGAUUCUUAUGGGACUGGAAGGUUGAAUGGACAAAGUGAGAAACUUCUUGGAAAAUUCAUUCGCGAGUUUCCAGGAGACAAGCAAGUAAAGAAUGACAUUCAGAUUGCAACAAAAUUUGCUGCAUACCCAUGGCGCCUAACACCUGGACAAUUUGUGAAUGCUUGCAAGUCUUCUCUGGAUAGGAUGCAAAUUGAGCAAAUUGGAAUAGGACAACUGCACUGGUCAACCGCAAAUUAUGCACCUCUGCAGGAACGAGCUCUUUGGGAUGGUUUAGUUGCCAUGUACGAGAAGGGUUUAGUUCGUGCAGUUGGGGUGAGCAACUACGGACCAAAGCAGCUGCUGAAAAUACACAAAUAUCUUGACGACCGAGGAGUUCCUUUGUGCUCAGCCCAGGUACAAUUUUCACUGCUGAGUAUGGGAAGUGAUCAGAUGGAGAUAAAAGAUAUAUGCGAUUCUCUAGGCAUACGGGUCAUAGCAUACAGCCCUUUGGGUCUUGGUAUGCUCACUGGGAAAUACACACCCUCUAAUCUUCCAUCUGGGCCAAGGGGAUUACUCUUUAGACAAAUUCUGCCUGGAUUGGAGCCACUACUUACCUCACUGAGAGAAAUAGCUCAACGGCGUCGGAAAACAAUACCACAGGUAGCUGUCAACUGGUGUAUAUGCAAGGGUACAAUUCCUAUCCCCGGAGUCAAGUCUGUAAAACAAGCUGAAGAGAACCUAGGAGCCCUUGGUUGGCAACUCACUUCUGAUGAAUUGCUCCAAUUAGAAUACGCAGCUCUUGAUUCUCCACAAAAGAUGAUCCAAAACGUAUUUCAGACAAAGUGAUAACUUCUCUACACAAUGGAUACGUCUAGGAAGAUAUACUUGGAGAAGGCCACAAUCGAGCUGUAGGACACUAAUGUACACAUUCGAAUCAUCUUCACAGAUCAUUUGCUAUUUUUUUGGAACCGGUAACUACAGAUCAUUUGCUCUUUAAAUAGGCAUCUUCUCAAAUAUCACCAAA